CUCAUCACAGAAUUAAAACAUAUCCUUCUCGCUUUGCAUUCUUUCUCUCACCAGUGAUACAAAGCAACAYAUCCAUUUAAAUUCAGUUCUACUUGACUCGACUCGAUUCAGCACCAUUCCAUUCGGCUCAACACCAUUCCAUUCCGGCCACCGCAGCAAGCAAGCCAACCUGGAACCCAUGAUGCACCACAUGAAAGAGAACCACCGCCGCAGAAGCAUCCGCGCUGACCACCACCACGGCAACAACAGCAACAACAACAGCAACAACGACGACGACGACGACGGGCACAACCACCGCCUCGGAGAAGCGGAGCGGGUCCGGAGCUUCAUGCACUCGGUCGAUCCCUCCGCACCCCGCGGGUGCGGGGGCGAUCGUCCAGCGUCCGCCCCGUCUCCGCCUCCCCGGUCCGGAUCCGGGCGCGGCCUCCCCUUCCUCCCGGCUCCCUCCGAGAUGGCGGACCGGAACGAAACCGAAACGGUGGUUCCGUCCCUGAAGCCUUCGCCCCUCUUUUCUCCCUCGGUCUUCUCCGCCGCUUCGUCGUACGCCUCUUCCCCGAGUUCCUCCCGGGUUCCCUCUUUYCGAGCAAUCUAUUCCGUCAACUACAACAACGKGAACAGGAGCGGGAGCCUCGGCAUYGCAAGCAGCCCCCUGGUCCGUGCAAGGCUUCCACUGUUCGACCGACGAAGCGAAACACCAAGGACCCUUCUGGAUCCCAAACGCGCAAGCAUCACCCCUGGCACCGACAAAGGUGGCCGAUGCAGCACCGGCAGCAGCAACAGCAACAGUUACAGCAACAGAAACAGCAACAAGAACCACAACUACCACCGCGGCGCGGAGAUUUCACGCCUCCUCGAGGGCAACGAGCUCGACCCGCUCCAAUGGGAGCGGUUCGUUUCUGCGAAAAUCUCCAGCAGUGGCAUGCUGCCCCGGGUGCCUACCUUUUGGGACGGGAGCCCCACAAGAAAGACCUGCGGUGGGACCUGGUCCACGCCCUCGGCGGCUCCAAAGGCAGGAGCAGAGGUUUCGACCCCCGCCGCUGCCCCCUGCGUCGCUACCCCCUCCACCGUCCACAAUCCCACCACCAGCAGACGCGCGUGCCGUACCCCACCGUCUCCUCCCGGGCUCGCCGGCCUCGGCCCGGGAAACCAUGGGACCCCUUCGCGCGGGCCUCCCGGAGAAGAGCKGGAGCGGCCMGGGGACGGCCUCGGGCAAAUCCUGCGGGCAAAAGACGACGACGACGAGGAGGAGCGAGAAUCCCCCGCGCCUCCCGUGGUGGUUGGCAAGGCCUGGGCUCCCCCGAMRACGCUCCUCCGUCCACAGGCAUCGGUGGCGACCUCCAUGGCGGCCUCCGUMUUGCUAUCGUUCAUGGUCACGACUGCAUCGCCACCGGAAUCUUCGUCUUCYUCGCCAUCGCCGGGACCACCGCAGCGGGUCCUUCCGUGGAAGAGGCAGCACCCGGCAACCAGCGCGGCAAACACGGUGUUGGGGUACGAUGCCGACGACGAUGCCUCGGCGUGCACCGUAUUGUUCGGUCCCGCAACGAAACGCCGCCGCAAGACAGMACCCYGCCGGAUCUCCAACUUUCUCGAGCAAAACGAAGACGAUCCUGCCACCACAGACGGAACGGGAGACCCGGGGAGACGGAUUGCCGCCGAGCCACUCUGCGAGAUCCGCAGCGGAAACCACGSCAAUGCCCGRAGCACGUUCAAGAGUGGCAAAAGRCGCAAGAGUCGGACCGUAUCGAUUCCGACCUUCGAGGAGGAAACCGCCAUCGUUUCCAAAGCUAUCGAGUGGCCACCGCUUCUUGCCGGCUCGUCCGCGGCCCCGUCGUCCCCGGGGGAUUACGGUCCCGUGGGAUCCACUCUUGCUUCCCCGGGGAGGAGUAACAAGGCCAACACCCCCGCCGUUUCGCCGUCCUCUGCUUUCAAGCGCAUCCCCCGGAGGUACCUCGACGACCCCACGCUUCCGAUUCUGAGGGACGGGAUGCGCCUUUCGGCACCCGACGACAAGGAUCAUCUCAACAGCCUCCAUUGCUUUGUCCGAAAGGAACUCCUGGAGGUCUUUGUCCUCGACGACACCAUCCAGCUMAAGGCAGAAGAGGACAGCGAGGUGCUUUCUGCGGACAAGAAUUCGAUACCGAAGAGAACCAUCGGUCGCCCCCGCAAAUCACGGCAGAGAGAGCAGCGGCAGCGGUACCAGCAAAUCCACCGCGUCGGCAUCCGCUGCGUCCACUGCGGGAGGAAACCCAAGUCGGAGCGGGGGGGAGUCACCAUGAGCACCUUCUUCCCAAAGAGCCUAGAAGACGUCUACCGAGGAGUCUGUACCUGGCAGCGCAUCCACUUCAAGGCCUGCCGGCACAUGCCGGACYACUUCCGGGUCCUCUACAAGCACCACAAGGACUCGGACAAGUCCCGGGGGAAAAAGGCCCACUGGAUUCGAUCGGCCCUCGAAAUGGGCUUCCGAAACGUCGAUGAGCACCGGAGCGGGGUAGUCUGGACUGGRMAAAGGCCGGCAGAUGCGACCAACCUUUCCAUGGUCCGAACCCACGGCAAAAACGACCCGCUUCCCCGCCUUCGGUCCCCCGUGGCAGUGGCCCUGGAUCUCACCAGACCGUCACCAGAACGGUACCAAAGCGAUGCCCCGGGCCAUUCCGGGGAACACCACGCCUCGGUGUGAAGGCCCGCCGUGGAAUACAGACAAAAAAUCAAG